UGUUACGACGUUGGAUCGUUAUUCGUAUUUUUUUUGUAAAAAUACAUCCAUGGUCGCCAGGCUGUCUCUCAUACGACGGUAUGCCAUUCUCGGUUUUAUUAUCGUCGGAUAUAUUAUCUUUCAAUUCACACGACAACACCCAGAUGUGGGGAGAAUGAGCCAGAAAGAGGGACUGAGGGCCAACUCCUCUCAGUUCACUCUGGAGGGAGAGCCCUUUCGCAUCUUGGGGGGCUCUAUCCACUAUUUCCGCGUCCCCAGAGCCUACUGGGAGGACCGCCUGCUGAAGAUGAGGGCGUGUGGGGUCAACACUCUCACCACAUAUGUGCCAUGGAACCUGCAUGAGCCAGAGAGAGGGGUUUUCAACUUCCAGGACCAAUUGGAUUUAAAGGCAUACAUCAGCCUAGCAGCAGAGUUGGGGCUCUGGGUGAUUCUGCGGCCAGGACCCUACAUCUGUGCUGAGUGGGACUUAGGAGGGCUGCCUAGUUGGUUGUUGCGUGAUCCAGACAUGAAGUUGAGAACAACCUACCCAGGUUUCACAGAAGCUGUUGACUCUUUCUUUGAUCAACUCAUUCCAAGAGUUGCACCGUAUCAGUACUCCAAGGGGGGCCCAAUUAUAGCAGUUCAAGUGGAGAACAAGUAUGGCUCUUAUGCAAAAGACGUAGAAUAUAUGCCAUACAUAAAGGAGGCAUUAUUAUCCAGAGGGAUCGAGGAGCUGCUCCUGACCUCAGACAACCAGGAUGGGCGGAACCUCGGGGGUGUGAAUGGAGCUCUAGAAACCAUCAAUUUUCAGAAACUGAGCCCAGAGGGAUUUAAGUAUCUGGAUGCAAUUCAACCCCAGAAGCCCAAGAUGGUGAUGGAGUAUUGGUCUGGGUGGUUUGACCUCUGGGGUGACCUUCACCAUGUUUUUGCUGCUGAGGACAUGGUUGCUAUUGUGACGGAAAUCCUGAAACAGGAUGCAUCAAUCAAUCUUUACAUGUUCCACGGAGGAACUAAUUUUGGCUUCAUGAACGGGGCUUUUGCAAUUGCCACGCCCAUGCCUAAGCCAAUGGUAACAAGCUAUGAUUACGAUGCUCCGUUAUCUGAGGCAGGGGAUUACACCACCAAGUACACUCUUCUGAGGAAUGUAUUGAGCCGCUAUCACAGUGAGAAGCUUCCUGAGGUUCCCUCCCUCCAGGCCAGGAGAGUGUAUGAGCCUGUCAUCAUUCAGAAGCAUCUGUCACUGUGGGAGAGCCUGCAGUUUACUGAGAAGCCCUUGAAGUCAGAGAAACCAGUCAACAUGGAGAACCUUCCUGUCAACAAUAACAAUGGUCAGUCCAACGGCUACACUCUGUAUGAGACCAUAAUCCACAGCGGAGGCCUUCUGAACUCCAUGAACAAUGUUAGAGACAGAGCCCUGGUAUUUGUGGACAAACUCUUUGUUGGAGUACUGGACUAUAAGAUGCUGGAGUGUGCUCUGCCUGAUGGAAAGGGGGAGAGAACAUUGAGUUUACUCGUGGAGAACUCUGGGAGACUGAACUAUGGUAAACUCCUAGAUGAACAGCGUAAAGGUCUUGUCGGAGACAUUGAGUUGAACAAUACCCCGCUACGAGACUUUAUCAUUCAUAGUCUAGAUAUGAAGCCUGGCUUUGUAAAUAGACUGAGUGCAUCAGGCCAGUGGAACUCUGUUUUCCAGAAGCCUUCCUUCCCAGGGUUUUUCCACGGCAAGCUAUAUGUGGGUGGCCAUCCCAGAGACACCUUCAUCAGACUGCCUGGUUGGAGUAAAGGAGUGGUCUUUAUCAAUGGGCAGAAUCUUGGACGCCACUGGUCCAUGGGGCCCCAGCAAACCCUCUACCUCCCCGCCCCCUGGCUUAACCGAGGAAACAAUCAGGUUGUUGUCUUUGAGGAGCAGGAAACUGAUGGUAAAAUCCAAUUUGCCAGCGAGCCUGACCUUGGAAUGACUGUUGACGUACAGUGAGGAUGGCCUGGUAGAAUGGAGGUAUGGUUAGGAGUUCCAUCCUCUCACAUUUCCACACUCUGCCUGCCAUCAGGGACCUAGCUGGAUAGCUACUCAGAAUCGAUGCACACCACUGCACAUGGCAUUUAUUUCCUGUUGGGAAGCCCCAGCCUCUGAAUGAUCCAGACUAAUUAAGCAUCCUACUAGAUCUUGCAAACGUAACUGUGCCUUCAUUAUAUUCGAUGGGCCACGGCAAUAUCUGGAUUGCAAUGUACUGCAAUAUCUGGAUUGUACUUGUUGUUUGUGUAUUACCCUUUCAUACUGUAUGUCUAUUGUGAGAAUUUUGUCAGAGGAUACUCAUUUGGAGAUUUCAGGUAUUUUAAUGUAUAGGUGUUUGUCUGGAUUCAAGGACACAUAUUUUCACUAUGUCAUUGUAUUUUAUUUAAUUGGACAGCAAAUACAUAGAUUGUGCUUUUGAGAUGAAUCAGUGACAUGUGAUGGUGAAUUAAACUGAACGAUCAGUGCAGUGGAGACUCUCAAAUACAAAGACAUUCGCCAAGUACUUCACUUUUCAGUUGUUUAUUUGUCUUGAUAAAUGUCAUAUGGUAUCUCUGAGAAGGAGUCAUGAGGAGAAAUUAACAACCUUUAGAGUUACAUGCAGAAGAAGUGAUUCACACAAGGAUGGAAGAUGACUGUGGAUCAAAGUAGGUAAAGGAAGGGGGAGUGUGAUUUGCCCUAAGAAAGCAUUUAGAGCCUAGUACAGUAUGAGCCAUCACCUUUGUUACAUUAUGUGUGUACCACUACGAAGCUAAACACUGGAUGAGGCUGUUCCAUUACAUUAAAGCCGUUUCUGACUGUCAGAACAGUAUCGCUCGUUGAUCCAACUGUGAGAGUGUGAGAAAGCCAGGGAUGUAAGGAGAAGUUUGAGUUUUGUACCGUCAGAGUACUACACUUAACUUAUGAUUCUAUAAGUGAUUACAACAGUGUAGGAGCAAGCUCCAUUAAAUGUCCAAGAGAUUAAAUUGCACUUCCAUUAUGUAUAACUCUUAGUGUUGUCUGGGUUCAUCUCUGCAGACAGGCCCUAACAUUUUUCCUAAAUUCACAUGAAUGAACACAAUCAAUUCUAAGAAAGGUCAUUAAAAAUGAAGGCUAUUGAUAGCGAUUGAAGUCAGAGCAAUACAGAAUUGAUGGAAAACAA